AGAUCGCGUCGCGAGUUAAAAUGCAAGAAAAGGGUUAGUACGAACCAUCGUUAACGAACCACCCAUCUCGCCGAGCAAGCUCACCACACUCUUUUAUUUUGAACAUGCAGCUUAUUCUUCCCGUCCUCUUCCUUCUCCUGGCGCCGGUCGCCGUAACUGCAUGCGAAGGCGACUGCAUAGUCGAUAUCACCAACGAAUACCUAAACCGCUAUGAGAACAUCUUGCUCACGGCCCUUCAGAAACAGGCGGAUCAGAUCAGCGAGAAACUCGUCCCCGCUCCAAGCCGUAGAGAGAACUCUAUCGUGUAUUUCGCCCCAGUCUUGAAAGCCUACAACAGUACUGCCUACAACAGCCUAGAGAAGGCCAUAUUCCCGGGUUACUUCCAUGGAAAGUGUCAAGACGCAAACGGCGUGAACCCACCCGGGUGCCCAAACCCCGACUGUCCCAAAGUCUGCGGCACGCCCGGCUCCAUGGUCCACUUCUUCUCCACCCUCACCGAGAUCGUAUACAACGAGACAACCGACAUGCUCACCAGCUUCACAGCACCGGGGAGUAAACCGUACAACCAGAUACAGCAGAUGGUUAUAGCGGACGUCAACAAAGGACAGAUGAAACGUAUGGAGAACCUGUCGCGCAUCAUGCCAUUGCGCAGUCGCGCAGCGAUACAGGGAAGAACCACUCACAGCAUUCAGCAAGGCCUGAAGAAGAUCAUGAAGGAACUGCGACCGACCAUGUUGGAAACAUGCGGGGGGUCAAACCUGUCGUUGUGCAGUUGGGAGCAGCCUAUGAAGGAAUUCAUCUUGCAGUACCCUUGAUUCCGAUCUUUCGCUCACAAACUACUCAUUCCACUGCUGAAAGCGUCAAUUCUGUUGAUAGUUA